AAACUUCCUCGUCGUCUCGCCUGAGCAGCAGGAGCAAGAUGCCACGUCAGCAGGCUGACAUGGUCAAGUGCAUGCGGGAAGGUGCCGAGCAGGCUCAAGCAAGCGUUCGUUGACUCCUCCCCGGGUGUGUGGGGGCGGCGGGGCCCGCCGCCGCCGGCAGCUCUGCUAUAUAACGGCCUCCGGCUUCCCGCCCUCCUGCUUGACCGCUCAUCGUCAUCACCUCCAAACAAAACAGCCUUGCUGCAGUGGCCGGGACAAGCACCCGCGAAAGCAGGCGCCGUGUUUCCUUGCUUCCUUCCCGGCGGCACCCUCGACCUCUCUGGUUCCGGAAGCAGGGGAGGCGCGCGCGAUCGAUGGGGGUGGCGGCGGCGGGGUACUCGCCGGGGUGGUGGUGGACGGCGGGGGUCGUCGCGGCGGGGGCGUGCCUGCUCCUCCUCCUGCACGUGGCGGCGCGGGUGGCGGACGCGCUCUGGUGGCGCCCGCGGCGGCUGGAGGCGCACUUCGCGCGCCAGGGCGUGCGGGGCCCGCCCUACCGGUUCCUCCUCGGCUGCGUCACGGAGAUGGUCGCGCUCAUGGCGGAGGCCGCCGCCAAGCCCAUGUCGCCGCCGGACUCGCACGACGCGCUGCCCCGGGUGCUCGCCUUCUACCAUUACUGGAGGAAGAUCUACGGGCCGAUGUUCUUGAUAUGGUUCGGGCCGACGCCGCGGCUGACGGUGGCGGACCCGGAGCUGGUCCGGGAGAUCCUCCUGACGCGCGCGGACGCGUUCGACCGCUACGAGGCGCACCCCGUGGUCCGGCAGCUCGAGGGCGACGGCCUCGUCAGCCUCCACGACGACAAGUGGGCGCUCCACCGCCGCGUCCUCACCCCGGCCUUCUUCCCCGACAACCUCAACCGGCUGGCGCCGCACGUCGGCAGGUCGGUGGCGGCGCUGGCGGAGCGGUGGCGGGCGAUGGCCUCCGCCGCCGGCGGCGAGGUGGAGGUGGACGUGGCGGAGUGGUUCCAGGCGGUGGCCGAGGAGGCCAUCACGCGCGCCACGUUCGGGCGCAGCUAUGACUCCGGCCGCGUCGUGUUCCGCAUGCAGGCGCGCCUCAUGGCCUUCGCCUCCGAGGCCUUCCGCAAGGUCCUCGUCCCCGGCUACCGGUUCCUGCCGACCAAGAAGAACCGGCUGUCGUGGAGCCUGGACAGGGAGAUCAGGCGGGGGCUCGUCACGCUCAUCGGCCGCCGCAGCGACGAGGCCGAGGAAGACGAAGACGCGGGCCUCAACGACAAGGGGAGCAACGGCUUCCGGGACCUGCUGGGGCUCAUGAUCAAUGCGGGCGGCGGCAAGAAGGCGCCGGCGAUACCCGUGGCGGACAUGCUGGAGGAGUGCAAGACGUUCUUCUUCGCCGGCAAGCAGACGACCACCAACCUCCUGACCUGGGCCACCGUGCUCCUCGCCAUGCACCCGGACUGGCAGGAGCGCGCCCGCCGGGAGGUCCUCGCCGUGUGCGGCGCCGACGAGCUCCCGUCCAAGGAGCACCUCCCCAAGCUCAAGACGCUGGGCAUGAUCCUGAACGAGACGCUCCGCCUGUACCCGCCGGCGGUGGCCACCAUCCGCCGCGCGAAGCGCGACGUCGUCCUCGGCGGCCUGUCCGUCCCGCGGGACACCGAGCUGCUGAUCCCGAUCAUGGCGAUGCACCACGACGCCGCGCUCUGGGGCCCCGACGCCGCGCGGUUCGACCCGGGCCGCUUCGCCGGCGGCGCGGCGAGGGCGGCGGCGCAUCCGCUGGCGUUCGUCCCCUUCGGCCUCGGCCCCCGGAUGUGCAUCGGGCAGAACCUGGCGCUCCUCGAGGCGAAGCUCACGCUGGCGGUGCUGCUCCAGCGGUUCCAGCUCGCGCGGUCGCCCAACUACGUGCACGCGCCGACGGUGCUGAUGCUGCUGCACCCGCAGUACGGCGCCCCGGUGAUCUUCCGGCCGGUGGUCUCACCGUCCGAGCGACCGGCGCCGGGGAUGGCAGCUUGAUGCCAAGAAGAUGACCCUGAUCGAUGUGCAUACGAGUAGUAGCGACUAGUGAAUAGUGAUAGAGAGCAACAGAACAGCCAAGGAAAUUAGACCGCUAAUUUCUUCGAGAAAAAAUUAGACCGCUAACAAAAAGCUUGUCCAGUCCUGUCCUGUCGUGGCAUGGCAUGGCCGGUGGCCGGCGGCCGGACCUCCCUGCCUGCCUCCUGGGCCGGCCGGCUGGUUGCCGGAAAUGCCCCUCCGGUGGUAGACUAGACCAGACUCCAGAGCAGAAGAGUGGCAGCGACUUUUGGACCUGACGAUGGCGUGGAGCAACACCAGCAAACCAACCCCACAUCUGCUGUCGGGUCGGUUCCAUUUGUUGGCUUCUCCUUCCCCGGAUUCUUUUCUCAUGUCUAUGUGUGUAUGCAGAACAGGCUUAGUAUUUGUUUGUUCGUUUUAUUUAUAUAUAUGUAUUUACAAAA